ACAGCCUGUUGGGGUAACAAGACAAAUUACUCGCCCAAAAAUUGUUUCUGAACUUGUUUUUAAAUCAAGAUCGUGUGGGUCAGUUCCUCAAUCGAAGAAUAUAAAUGAUGUGGUUCUCAAGGCUAGUUGCUUGGACCCACACAAGAAAUGCAAAGCCGUACGAUCGCCCCUGGAAGCCUUUCUAGCCAAAUCCCUCCAAAAUCAGAACGUGACAGAAGUUCCUCGAGAAAUAUUCAGUCCAAUGCCGACCUUGACUCCGCUAACCUCAAAGAGGUUCGAAACACCGGAGGAGAAAUGUAAACAAAAUGAAAUUGCGGAAGAUUCAAAGCCAAAAAAUAGAAGUUCGGAGGAGAGGAAGAAAGUCGGGAGCAGGAGCCGGAGCAGAAGCAGAACCAAGAAUCAUAGAAGGAGAAACGAGCGAAGCAGAAGCAAGGGCAAGAAGGAUCGAAAGAGGGGAUCUUCAAGCCAGAGCAGAAGUAGGAAGAGGGGCUCGUCGAGCAGAAGGAGCAGUAGCAAGGGCAGAAGAGAUGGGAGGGAUAUGCGAAGUACGAGUAGGAUUAUAAGCGAUAGAAAGUGCGCUCGCAGUAAGAGCAGAGGCAGGAGCAGGAGUAGGAGUAGGAGCAGGAUAGUUCGAGGAGAGGAAAGUAGGAGCGGGAGUAAGAGACUGAGAAAACAGGCGAUAAGUAUCACGGAUAGUUCAGAGGAAUUUAGCUGCUGAAACUUUGAGCCACUAAAUGAAGUUUGAGGAAAGGCGGAAGUGGUUGUUGUUAACAAAAUAGUUUAGAACUUGUUUUACUGUUCGAUUUAACUUCU